AUGACUAGCACAGCACCUUCCCCUGGUGUUAUCUCAGACAUUCGACGCUUGACAAUUCUGACUUCAGUUUUGCCGAAUUGCGGCCAGAUUCUUAUGGCUGGGUCAGAUUACCUCGAUACCUUGUAUGAAGCCUAUCAAGCAAAGGCCACCCGAGAAGAACUACGCAAGAUCUUGGUUGCCAAUGUCUAUGUAGGGUUGGUAUCUUUACUGAAGGAGACAACCAUCAAUUUGUCUCUGUUGCUGGACCAGCUAUUCAGCCUCAAGGCCAGUGCGGGAGUAGGCAAUCCAGGAAUGAAGAAGGAGGCAACUCUGUUAUCCGACCUUGUGUGUAGCUCAGAUCUGCUACAGCGAUUGGAGAAGUAUCUCGCGAGCCAUCCCCAGAAACGAGGCGAGGACCUACUCUCCGGCCUACGUCUAUACCAAAUGGAAACCAGUUCCUUCCACCACCGGUAUCAACGGCGGAAAAGGGUGGACAAAGGCAAAGGUCCCUCAACAGGCCCUGUCAUCCCAGACGAGCUUCAUGCACACAAGAUGUCACUCGUGUCACAAGUCCAGGAUCUCUUCCCGGACCUGGGGUCUGCUUUUGUCGUGAGACUACUGGAUACUUACGGCGACAACCCGGAGACAGUCAUCGCACACCUCUUAGAUGAUUCACUUCCACCCGAAAUCCAAUCACUGGAUCGAUCUGAACGACUUCCCCCAGCCGCCGAACCCAGCCACGGCCAUCUGGAACCUCGACCAACACCACCCUCCAUCCCCUCGCCGCGCACAGAGCCAAUUCCUUCGCGCAGGAAUGUAUUCGACGAUGAUAUCGAUAUUGCAGAGCUCAGUCUGUCAGGAGCCGCGGAAGGAAAACUGCGAUUCGGCCGUGCCAAUCCCGAGCUUACCGCAGACGAAGUCCUCGCAGACCGCAGCAAGCACGCUGUCAACAAGGCUGCAAUUCUCUCCGCGCUAGCAACCUUUGACUCGGACGACGACGAACGAGAUGAUACCUACGAUGUCGCAGAUGUAGGCGGUACUGUGGACAGCGCCACGACAGGCACAGACGCCGAGGCCGAUGCCAUCGCGCGGAGUCAACGCGCAGCAGCCGAGCAGAUUGAUCUAACUCUGUUCCGCGCCUACAAGUCCAAUCCAGCCCUAUUCGCACGAGACUCUGCAACCCGUCGCUCCCAGCCCCGCACCUUGCUCAAACAGGAGACCAACAUGACAGACGAGGCCAUCGAAGGCUGGGCGGUCAUGUUAUCACGGGAUCCCAAGCGACUCACAAAACUCGAGAACAAGCUUGCUGAUGAUAUGGGCGGAGCGAGCAGUGGUGCCUUAAACCAACCGGAACUGGCUCCGACAUCGUAUAGGAGACCGCAUCCCACGGCAGAUGAUUCUGAUGAGGGCGGGGAGUCUUCUGGUUACGCUGGGGGUCGUGGAGGAAGAGGUGGCAUUGGGCGUGGUGGAGGGGGGCGAGGAAGAGGAAGAGGUGGACGUGGUGGUGGUCGGCCGCUUCAAUCGGGCGAGCAAGGACAGCAGAAUAGCGCUGUGGCGCAUCAACGGAAGGAACAGAAUAAGGCUAGCCGGGCGAAUCAUAAUCGCCGCCAACAGCGAGCUAAGAAGAUCGCUCGAGGAGGAGGGUUACCAGGCUGA